AGGAAGUCUAAUCUCCCAACCUGAUAUCUUGAAGUCUUAUCCAAUAAAUAUACGUUUUGACAGAGAAGCUGUGCACAAACUGGAAUAUUCACUCAUGUCUAUGUGUGCAGAAAUGUAAGUUAUGUUUCCUUUAACGUUAACCUUAACUGCGAAUCGAAACUUCAGCGUCCAUGGCGAGUGAUGAGAGGGACAACCAGGAUCCCCAGCGGCCUGCAGUGGUGGUCACGGCAGGAUCGGACAGCUCCGGGCCAGGCGGCGGUCUCAGCAGCCUCCGAGCGCUCACGGGCUGCGUCCUGUGCGUCCUGAUCGUCUCCACCCUUCUGGGUAACACUCUGGUGUGCGCCGCGGUGAUUAAAUUCCGCCACCUGCGCUCCAAAGUCACCAACUCCUUCGUGAUCUCUCUGGCGGUGUCCGACCUGUUCGUGGCCGUGCUGGUGAUGCCCUGGAGGGCGGUGUCCGAGGUCGCGGGCGUCUGGCUCUUCGGACGCUUCUGCGACACGUGGGUGGCCUUCGACAUCAUGUGCUCCACCGCGUCCAUCCUCAACCUGUGCAUCAUCAGCAUGGACCGCUACUGGGCCAUCUCCAGCCCCUUCAAGUACGAGCGCAAAAUGACGCGCAGGUUCGCCUUUCUGAUGAUCUGUGUCGCCUGGACGCUCUCCAUCCUCAUCUCCUUCAUCCCGGUGCAGCUCAACUGGCACCGCGCGAACGCCGACAACUCCACGACGGACAACCCAGACGACUGCAACGCCAGCCUGAACCGGACCUACGCCAUCUCCUCGUCCCUCAUAAGCUUCUACAUCCCCGUGGUGAUAAUGGUGGGCACAUACACGCGUAUUUUCCGCAUCGCGCAAACCCAAAUCAGACGGAUCUCGUCUUUGGAGCGGGCGGCAGGGCCCCGUGCGCAGAACCAACGCCACCGCGCGUCAACGCACGACGAAAGCUCGCUGAAAACGUCCUUUAAGAGAGAAACGAAAGUCUUAAAGACUCUGUCCAUCAUCAUGGGAGUGUUUGUGUUCUGCUGGCUGCCGUUUUUCGUGCUGAACUGCGUGGUGCCGUUCUGCGACCUGGAAUCGCUCGGCGAGCCGCCGUGCGUCAGCGACACCACAUUCAGCAUCUUCGUGUGGUUCGGCUGGGCCAACUCAUCGCUGAACCCUGUCAUUUACGCCUUCAACGCCGACUUCAGGAAGGCCUUCUCCACCAUCCUGGGCUGUAACAAGUACUGCUCCAGCUCCACGGUGGAGGCCGUGGACUUCAGCAACGAGCUGGUGUCUUAUCACCACGACACCACCAUGCAGAAGGAAGCCUGCGCCAUGCCGGGCGCCGGCGUGCAGAGACUCCUGCAGCUGCCUCACACAGAUGGAGAUCUGGGGCAGAACAUUGACAGAGUUUCUGUCAUUUCGGACGAUUCCCGCAACCACAGCAACUUACUGCUGCCUGCGAUUCUGCAGUAUGAGUGCGAGGCGGAGAUUUCUUUAGAAAUGUUGCCCUUCAACUCCUCCGGACACACAGACUGUUAUAACAUCCCGGGUCAAAUCCAGGACCUGUGAGCAACCCUGAACAAUAAAAACUCAACAUUUCCUGCAUGAUGCAGAGGCCCCCCUGCGCAGUUUCCAUUAGAGCUGCAACAAAUAAUCGCCAACUGUUUUGAUAAUCUAUUAAUAUUUUAAGCCAUUUUUAAAGUUUUUCAGUCUCUUAAAUGUGGAGAUUUCCCAUUUUAUUUGUUUUAUAUGUGUUUAAACUGAAUAUUUUGGGGUUCUAUACAAAACAAGACAUGUAAAGACAUGGACAUUUUUUCAUAGUUUUCUGACAUUUUAGAGAUCAAACGAUAAUUUGAUUAAUCGAGAAAAUAAUUAGUUAAAUAAAUAGUUGCAGCCAUAGUUUCUACAUCAUCCCAGGGAGGAAAGUGUUUUUGUGCAGAUAUAACCAAAGUAUUAUGUUUAGAAUCUGAGAAAAUUCAGUAAAACCUGAAACAUCUUCGGACCCUUUAGAUUCAUGUUGGGGGCCUCUCUUUGGGUCUUGACCCAAAAUUUCACAAACAAGCAUUUUCACAAACAGCAGACUGGACUCUGUCUACAGAGAUAAAUCAUGAG